CGAUUGAUCAAGGGAAUUUUGAUUGAACUCUCGUAAGUGCUCGAGCCCUCUUAAGUCCUAGUCCGACAGGGUCGCCCUCUGCCGUAGCGUUUUGUUCUCUUCCCAUCACUCUGUAUCUCGCUGUUGCGGACGACUCACCUGGUGUUGCUUUAUUUGCAUAUAGGUAAGUAAGUCUAUUAAGCUAUUUUGAGUGAGCAUGCAGACGAAGCGUGUUCAAGUUCGGUUCAGUCUAAACGCCAGUUAUGCUCUCCCGAGUAUUUACAGUCCUUGCUAUACUUUUAGCAACGUUCAUCUAUCGGAGCGGUCGUCUUGUUAAACAUGGCAUCUUUACUCUUCCUGCACUACCUCCAUCAUACUAUGUCAAUGGCGAUGUCCAGACGCAUUGCACACUUCUUCAAGAGCCAGCCCAUACCAUUAAUUACUGCGAAGACAUGACCUUCUGGGACCACCUGGAUGCAGAUGGCACUGUAGCUGCCCGUUUUGUUAUUGCGGGGUGCGACCCUAACCGCAAGGCAUGGAACACUGUCAUGGGCCCCUUGCGCGAUCCAGAACCAAGGGCCUACCUUUGGCUUGUUGAUACGGUAGACAAUAGCCUGCAGCGUAUUGAGUUGGAUGGAUACCCGGAAGGACAUAGCUUCCACCCACUUGGGAUAGAAGUCACGCCUUCUCAGGCCGGAGCCCCAUCUAUUCUCUAUGUAGUCAAUCACGCCCGUGAAAAGACCACGAUUGAGCACUUUACCAUUUCUCCAGAUGCCCCAACACGGGCACUCUGGCAACGCACACUUUCAUCUCCUUGGUUUGUGUCUCCUAAUGCCUUGGCCAUCACGAACGAGACGUCGUUCUACGUCAGCAAUGACCAUCUCAUGACUCGUCGACUCCCUUUCCCCCUUGCACCCGUCCUGCCGCUGACCGAGACUAUUGCUGGACUACCCCUAAGUUGGCUUGCGCAUGUCACAGUUAACCCUGAUGGCACAAUCACGCACGAAGUAGCCGCUUUCGGUGUGGCCUUCGCCAAUGGCGUCGCCAUCUCCCCAGACGGCACGAUUCUCGCACUGUCUUCUACAUCUCUCGGCCGAGUCUACUUCUACGACCGCAACACGAGCACAAAUGCACUCAAAUACCGGGAGACCGUCAGCGUACCCUUCUUCAACGACAACAUCAUGUUUGAUGAGGAAGGCACACUUAUCGUCACAGGGCAUCCACAUUUCCCGUCUCUCGCUGGUGUCGCUGCCAAUAAAACAGAUGCGCGAGCGCCAAGCUGGGCCGUCUCGCUCACUCCCCUUUCAAACCAAACGCAUUUCGCGAAGAGCGCACACGCAGCAGAUAGGAAAUAUGAUUUACGUGCGCCGUUAUCGGCAUCAGAAGUUGUCCCCGCUAGUGAAGGAUGGGAGGUGGAAACAUUGUUCCAGAGCGACGGGAGUGUAUUUGGAACAUCUUGCACGACGCUCAGGGAUUCGAGGACCGACUCACUUUACAUGGUGGGCCUGUACGAGGAGGGGUUGAUGGUCUGUACGCCAUAGUUGGCUGUAUUUCGAAUGUGUACGCAACUUCAACGUUCAGCACUGGUUUCUGCUAUUUAAUGUACUAGUACCUGUGCCAAACACAAACUAUCUAUUUCCAAGAAUACUGAAAUAGCCAUUG